UUACUUUUGUUGAAAUAUAAGGAAAUAUUGCUUGAAUGAUGUGUUUCAGAUUCCUGUAGUGGACUGCGGAGUAGAUGGGAAGUGCAUUGCGGACCUGUCUCUUAAAGCAGAGCCAAGUGUCCAUAAAAUGGUGAUUAAAGUGUACAAGGAGAAGAUUACUGUGUCUGUUGAUGUUAAAAACAGCAAAGACAAUGCAUACAACGCCAAGGUUAUAGUGGACUUCAGCCAGAACAUCAACUAUGUCAAAGUAGAGCCUGACAUCAAGGAGUGCAAUCUGAACCACACUCGGUUAGAGUGUGCUGUGGGGUAUCCCUUCCUGGCCAGCGACGCAGAGGAGCAUUUUAAACUGACGUUUGAGGUCACCCCUGAGCAUAUUGGAGCAGAGAUUCAAAUAAACGUAACUGCUACAAGCGAUAGUGACGAAUCCCCUUCGACCUUGGGCGACAACGUGGUGAAAAUCAAAAUCCCUGUCAAGUAUGAAGCCGGGCUGAUAUUCUCAGUGAGGCCGAAGGACGAUCACAUCGUAUAUAAGGAGGGCGAACAGUACCCGGCCGUCUUCAACCACACCAGCGCCAUAGGGAAGGAGCUCACCAUAACAUACAAGGUGGAGAAGGCGCUGAAGGUGACCACCCCUCCCUUGAAGCUGACCAUCACCUACCCUUACCAGUCCACCAUGAACAACAUCCUCCUCUACCUCACCCAUGUCACCUACAGCCCCAACAUCACAUGUAAUACGGACAAUCAGAUCAACCCAAAACAGAUCGGCUCGAAGACCCAUACGGUCAAAACGUCAAAAGAAUCACUGAGCGCUUACCUUGUGAGCUGUGGGACCAUCCUUUGUAGGUCCUUUGACUGCAUGAUCCCUGAGGCCGUUACCAGUGAGGUCAACGUCACGUUUAGAGUGUGGAAACCCACUUUUAUUAAGGCUGAGUUUUCCAGCUUAUACAUGAUGGUGAAUGGUACCCUUAAAGCCCGGGAUCAUCUAUUUUUGCUGACCAGUGACCACAAUGCCCGGAAUGUGAAAAUCCAGGUGUCCAAGGAGGCUAUAGGAGGGAUCCCUUGGUGGAUCAUCCUGAUCAGCAUCCUGAUUGGACUGCUUAUCCUUGCACUAGUCAUCUUCGGACUAUGGAAGAUUAACUUCUUCAAGAGGAAGAGUCUGGAGGACAGGAAGGAGGACAUGAUGGACUGAGGGGUGACCAGAGGCCAGCACUUAGCACCAGCAGUGUCAGCAGCUCGGUGGGCCAAGGUUACCAGGCCACACAGACAAUGGAAGUAGGCCUACAAAAUCAGCAGCUGGACGGACUGCGUAACAUGCUUUAAAGGGGACAUAUUAUACCACCAGCUGUGAGUGGGAUUAGCCUACGAGCUGUUUUGAAAAUCUGCCCCAUAUGACAUCACUAGUGGGCGUGUCCACCUAGAUCUGAAAUGGAUAGAUCGGUUUACAAGCCUUCCCAGUGGACUGAAGUAAACGUUGCUCAUCUAUCCAGCACACAUCUAGGUGGACACGCCCACUAGUGAUGUCAUAUGGGGCCGAUUUUUGAAACGGCUUGUAAGGCUAAUCACACUCACACCUGGUGGUAUAUGUCUCCUUCAAGUCACACAUCUGCCUCACUGGUGUUUAGACCGACACAGACUGUACAGGCGAUUGACUACUUCCACUCACUCACGCCUGGGCAAAGGAGUAGUGUCCCUCGAACAAAAGCCAUAUAAAGACAAUCCCAAUGGUCUGGUAAGAUUAAAAAAGAAAUGUCUUCUUGAUCAAUUUGAUGUAUGUCGUAGUCUCCCCGCAGAUUCACGUCACCGGGCUAAAUACACGUUUCUUUUUUUUGUCCUAUUAUUUGAAGAUGCUGUUGAAACUUAGUCAGCAUUUACUCUCACCAUCAACCUCUGGUCAGUUCUAAAAUUAGGCAAGAAUGGUAAAGUAUACAAGGGGAGAUGAGAUGUAGCUGGUGGGUGUCAAGAACCGCUUUGACAAACCACAAUGCUCGUAAAGAUAUAGCUGUUGCACUAAUAUCACCAAUAGUUGCAUACACAUCUAAUUAGCUAAACUGCUAUUGAAAUAAAACACAUACUCUUUUUUUUUUUAACUCAUCCACCCUCAAAAACAGUUUCAAAAUGAUUUAUAUAUGUAUAUUAUGUUGCUAUCUUAAGAACAGCAAAGAGAUUAUUCUGAGAAAUGAUAUGUAAGCUAAGUGGGUUUAAUGGAUCAAACAUUUAUCUGGUGAUUUGUAAAGGCUAGAUAGACAUUUAUACAUGUAGAAUACCAAUGUUCUAAACUAAAUUAUACAUGUAAAAUACCAAUGUCCUAAACUAAACAGAGGUUUGCUUUGUUAUUUUAAUUGAAACACUGUUCAUUUCAGCCUUUUACAUAUUUUAUUCCUUAAGGAUAGCCAUUUUAAAUAUGACGAAUUCCUCAUCCUCUUAUUCCUAAUGUUGGAUUUCUACACUGAUUUUCACAACGUUUUUUUUUUCACAAAGUCAAGGUGCAGAAUGUAUGCUUUUAUUUUUUAUACCAUUUUAACUAAGUUGAUUUGUAAAGCAGGAAAAAAUAUUAAUAAUCUUGUAUUAACUUUGUCUGUAAUUAUCGUUUUGGUUACUUGGGAUAUAGAUAGCCAACAGACUGCACCUUUGAAAAUAUAUAUAUAUAUCUUUGAUUGUACUGUAAAUGCAAAUGGACGCUCAAAUAUGUAAAGCUUUAAAUGUACAAAGUGUGUUUGCCACAACUCAUUAUUUAAGACAAAACUGUUUUUUUUACAACUUAUUCACCGACUUUUUCUUCCUGAAAACCAACAGAUAUUGCUCGGGUGAUACCAUGAUAAGAGAAUGAUUAAGAAUAUUUUAUUGCAUACAAGACUUGUUAGGCAGAUAUAAGCAUUUCACAUGCUACAAAACUAUGUAAAUAUCAUUCUUAUUUUUAGAUAACAACUUAUGAUUCUGUUAACUCUGUAGUCAAAGAUAAAUGAAGAAGAGGGUGUGAUUCCACUAUUUCCCAUCAUCUUAUAUUAUUUACGGAAUGUGUUAUUUGUGACGUUUGUUAAUUUCAAUGAAUAUCAUGUCCAAGUCUGAUUGACCAAAACAAAAAGAGCAAAACAUAUGUGUGCUAUGGAUUAACAAAGAGUAUUCCUACCUAUAAAGGUGGAUAUGAACAACAUAUACACAUUAUUUGUAUUAUGUGUAAGGUAAAUUCUGAUAAUUAUCUAUCACUGUUCACCAGCUGUUGUUUUAUGAUCCACAUCUUCUCGUCGCAGAGAUUUGCAUUUUAAUGACACAAAUCACUUUAUAUUUGGCACACAACCCCAUUUAUCAGUCAGUUUGUUUGCACAGCUUUGCAGUUAGUGAAACUUCGGUGAAGUAAUUUUAUGAUCUUUGUUUUAAACCCUUCUCUUGUUUUAUUCUUCGAUACCGAUAUUCAACAGUUAAAACCAAAAUCCAAGAAGGAGACAGCCAUUAUUUUAAUACUGAAUUUUAUAAGAUAAUUCAAGUUUAACUUUCCACUGUUGAAAUCAAGCACAUAUAAAAUAUACAUGUAGAAUAUGUAGCAUUUCUAGGGACGGUGUGUGGCCAAAGUGGGCUAAGAUGCCUCAAGGCAAAGGUCUUGCUGUGGAAGAGCAGGUUAAGAAUGAAGCCAAAUGUUAUUGUUGAGAUUCCCAAUGCUCUACACUGCUGUGAAGUUAUCAUUGUAAUGCACUGGUUUGUCAUGCUUUCUCAUCAGCAUGAAAAAACUGAACUGAGUCUGAUGCAGAAAAAAAUAAAGAUUUUUUUAUGACUA